AACUGUGGGUCCCUGGAGCAUGGGCUUCAUAAGGAGCUGGCUGCACCCCAGAGGCAUUGUGUGCAGCCUCCAAGCCGAACAGCCAGCAUCAGACACCGAGCUGAGCUCCUGUCUGCGAGCAGCCACCUCCGUGCCUUUGCCUCCUGUGCCCAGCACUGACUCCUGUCCAGCGAGUGCCGUCCACUGCCUGCCACCCUCGCCCUGCAAUGCCCAAAGCCCCAGCUGCUGGCCCUGGGUCGCUCCUGCUCCUGCUGGCUGCCCAGGUUGCCAUGGUAGCCAGCGCACCCCAGCCGUGGCACUGCGCCCCCUGCUCUGCUGAGCGCCUGGCGCUCUGCCCACCAGUGCCCGCCUCUUGCCCAGAGAUCUCCCGGCCCACAGGCUGUGGCUGCUGCCCAUCAUGUGCCCUGCCACUUGGCACCUCCUGUGGUGUAGCCACUGCACGCUGUGCCCAGGGACUCAGCUGCCGUGCACUGCCUGGGGAGCCCCGGCCCCUGCACGCCCUCACCCGUGGCCAGGGCACUUGUGUGCCAGAGCCCGAUGAACCUGCUGUGGAGGCUGUGUCCAGCGCCGAGGGUGAAGAGGCCAAGGCCCCCCUUGUCCCUAAGCACGAGGGCCCUGAGAGCGGGGAGAUGACAGAGAAACAGCUGCUGGAGAAUUUCCACUUGCUGGCCCCCUCCAGAGAGGACCUGCCUAUCCUCUGGAACGCCAUCAGCACUUACAACAGUAUGCGGGCCCGCGACACCACAGACAUCAAGAAAUGGAAGGAGCCGUGCCAGAGAGAACUCUUCAGAGUGCUGGAGCAGCUAGCCCAUGCUCAACAGAAGGCAGAGGAAGAAAUCUACAAAUUUUACCUGCCAAACUGCAACAAGAAUGGAUUCUAUCACAGCAAACAGUGCGAGACCUCCCUGGACGGAGAAGCAGGGCUGUGCUGGUGCGUCUACCCCUGGAGUGGGAAGAAGAUCCCUGGGUCUCUGGAGACCAGAGGAGACCCCGACUGCCAGCAGUAUUUUAAUUUACAAAACUGAAAACAGAUGCACUGCGUGUUCUUUCACAUGAACUAUUUAAGUACAUAGUGUAUUUUUUAUUUUUUUGGUACUGGGGAUCGAACUCACGACCUUGCACUUGUGAGGCAGGUGGCAGAACAACUGAGCUACAUCCCUGGCCUACCUAGUGUAUUUAUACUGUAGAACACACACAUUUUUAUAUAUGUGCAUAUGUAUAUAUACAGGAACUAGUUUUUAUACUGCACACUUGAUAUAUAAAGCUGGUUUAUAUUUAUUCACUAUAAGUUUAUUUUUUCUACACAGUAACUUGUGCUAUAGUAAUUUAUACAUCACAGAACACUUCUUAUCACCUUAUGUGUAAUAACUUGUAUUUUUGCUUUUCAAAAGUUCUUAUGUUUUCUGAGAGUACGGAUUGAUACUGCCCAGAAAAUACACAAGCAAAUGUAAGGCAGUGAUCUUUCAAGAACUUUGAAGGGGAGAUGAAUCUGUAUUUAGGAAUGAUUUACUGGGGAGAUCCAGCAGACACAGGUCUGCCAAAAAUUGGCCCCCCUGCAAGUUAAGAAGUUAAAAUGUUGCUAAUAUAAUCAGUUCUAUAAGCUAUGUAAAUUGUGGUAUGAGAUACAUUGUUAAACACCGUGCACUGGAAACAUUUGGAAUAAACCUGCAAGGUGGUUGC